AUGCGCAAACACUCGCGGCGGACCACAACCCGCGAGCCGCUGCAUCGCACUACUGUACUCCUCCUUUUCUCCCUCUCUACGGAUACGUUUCUCUCCAUCAUUUCGGUCUCACAGACUGUCACUCUCCUGCUGGGUCCCCCACUGGAGCAUGCAUCCCUGCUUUCCUGA